AUGGAACCAAGUGAUCCAUCACCUGAAGAUUUACAAAGAAAAUUAUACUUUUUAGUUGAACAAUUACAAAAUAUGGCUGGAACUUUACCACCAAAAUAUCAAAUGCGUUUGCCAUAUGAGUUGUUAUCUGGUCUAGCAAAUUGUCUUUUGAAUGAUACAAUAUUCGAAAUAGUCAAAGGUCUAAUGGAGAUUCAACAUGUUACUGAAAAACAUUUAUUUCAACAACGAUUACAAUUAAUUAAUCAACAAAAAAUUGAAUUACAAGAAGCUAUGGAAAAUUAUGUAACUGAUGAAGAUAAAUUAACAGCAAGAAUUGCACUUGAAGCUAAACACAGAGAAGAACUUAAACAAACAGAUAUGAAAUUAGUUAUGCAAUUGGAUAAAAAAGUUACUGAUCAACAAAGUAUUCUUGAAAAAGCUGGUGUACCUGGUUUUUUUGAAACAAAUAAUCCAACUGAUAUUCAAGUUCAAAUGAGACUUUGUGAUUUUAUCAUUAGAGUCAGUAAAAUGGAAAUACCCAGCUAA